UCUUAAGCUCUACGCUAGAGAAAGGCUAAGCUCUUAGUGCCAAAAUGUUCUCUCCUGAUGCCGAGUGGCCAGAGAAGCUGGGUCGCAGGGCGCCCAUCCACCAGAGCGAUUGGAAUAUAUUCCAUACCUCACACGUGUGCGUGUUGACCACAUUUGCUUGGGAGAGCACGUAAGAACAAGUCAAGCAACUCUUCGCAUCCUAGGCAACGACAUGUUUCGAAAGGUCUCAUGGCAGAAGGAUGUGGCGGAGGUUCAGGCGGAGGAGACGCAUGAAGGAGAGAUGGCAGAGAAACAGUCGCAUCCAGCAGUGGUCACAUCAGCUGAUGGAGCCACUCCGUUGCAACAGUCGCCUGCGAUACCAGACAUUGCUCACGUCAGGCAUCACAGCAAUAGUGUUCGGAGAAGCUCAGUUGUCUCGUUCGAGGCACGACGGGGCUCGAUUAUCCAAUCGAUCGCCGGCGAUGGCAAUGUUGGACAAGGGACAAUCAGAACAUCAACAGGCCAGAUGAAUCGCGACGACCGACAACGCUCGAUCUAUUCAAUCAAAGCCGCUCAGGAAAGCUCCGAAACUGACAUCGCAAGCCUUCACGAUGGAGACCUUCCAUCGCCCGCGCAAGACUUGCUCCGAGCGCAAACUGCCGGGCAAUACAAGUUCACAAUCACAGAGCAUACUGAGAGCGCCGAGAAGAACGAGAAGACGAGAGUCAGUGUUGAGGUUUCGCCACUGCAGUAUACCGAACAUAUCGCAAAGAAAGAAUUUCUGGACGCCUAUGCUGCUAAGUAUCCUCUGCCAGCGAUUCAAAGACGAUUCGCCUGGUUUCGAUACGGGUGGUUUACAGUGUACCGAAGGCUGUUUGCCAUCGUGUUCACGGCCAACAUGUCUGCCAUAAUUGUGCUGGCUAGCCAAAGAGCACGAUAUAGCGCCGCUGCGAUUGGUGUGGGAAGCAACAUAUUCGCUGCUGUCCUUGCUCGCCACGACAACCUGAUCAACGCCGUGAUCAGCAUCAUCCAUCUGGUGCCUCUAAGCUGGCCGCUGGCAAUCCGCAAACGAUUGGGCAAGAUUUACUGUCAUGCGGGAAUCCAGGCCGCUUGUGGAACAAGUGCUGCGGUGUGGUAUCUUUACUUCACUGUCCUGCUGGCAACAGAUCCAAUUCCUACCGCGGUAAAGGAAGGCGUACGAAUCGGCAUCUAUGUCACCACAGGGCUCAUCUUUACAUGCCUCUUGAUCCUCGUAGGCAUGUCCCAUCCCACAGUCCGAAGUCGCCAUCACGACCGAUGGGAACAAUCACAUCGCUACAUCGGCUGGCUCUUGACAGCCAUCAUCUGGAUUCAAGUUGGACUUCUCACCUCAGCUUCAGAAACACCACUUUACCGAUCACCACUCUUCUGGCUCGUCCUCGGCGUAACGCUCCUCCUCAUCUACCCCUGGGCCAUGAUGCGCAAACGUUCCUUCACCACGACCCAACUCUCCAGCCACGCCCUCCGCCUCGAGUUCUCCCACAAACUCUCCCUCACAGGCCACAACAUCCGCAUCGCACAAUCUCCUCUGUCGGACUGGCACGGCUUCGCCACAAUCCCCCGCAACGACGGUCCAAAGGGCUUCUCCGUCAUAAUCUCCAAUGCGGGCGACUGGACACGCUCUAUGAUCAAUGCCGAAAACCGCAAAAACACGAUCUGGCAGCGUGGAAGACUUUUCCUAGGAAUCAUUGAAGUUCCAAUGCUGUUUUCGCCUUUGGUCAUUGCUGCUACGGGGUCGGGCAUUGCGCCUUGUAUGGCUUUUAUUCAGACGCAUCCGGAUUGGCCGGUGCGGAUUGUUUGGUCGGCGAGGUUUCCGGAGACGACGUAUGGGGCGCACAUCAUUGAGACUGUGUUGAAGGCCGAUCCCAAUGCGAUUAUUAUCGAUACAAAGGAGACGGGGAGGCCGGAUAUGGCGGCGUUGAUUUAUGCUGCUUACAAGGAAAUCAAAGCUGAGGCUGUACUUUGCGUUAGCACGACGAAGGUUUGUGAGUCUGUGUCGUAUGAAAUGGAAGCGAGGGGUGUGCCGAUUUAUGUUCCGAUAUUUGAUUCGUAG